AUGUCUACUGCCGAGCUCGCCUGCUCCUACGCCGCCCUCAUCCUUGCGGAUGACGGCCUCGAGGUCUCCGCCGAGAAGAUCCAGACUCUCCUGUCUGCCGCCAAGGUUCCCGAGGUUGAGCCCAUCUGGACUUCCAUCUUCGCCAAGGCUCUCGAGGGCAAGGACAUCAAGGACCUCCUGACCAACGUUGGCUCCGCUGGCUCUGCCGCUGCUGCCCCCGUUGCCGGUGGUGCUGCCGCUGCCGCCCCCGCCGAGGCUGCCGCUGAGGAGAAGGAAGAAGAGAAGGAGGAGUCCGACGAGGACAUGGGCUUCGGUCUCUUCGACUAA